AUGGCCUAUUCCCGUGCAGCCCUCAUCCUCUUGGCCUUGGAAGUUCUCUCAGUCUCAGUCGCAGCUUUACGAUUCGAAACCCUCCAUCGUCGAGAAGCGACCACAAAUGCAACCUGUUCUUCCGACUUUGAGUGGGCGAAGACUGCAAGAGGAAGGACACCGUGUAGGGCGGCGGCGGACGUCAUGGCGCCGUGCAAUGGUGGAAACUGGCACAUCAGGGACUUGCCACAGGGGAACUUCGAGUACGAUACGCCCAAGGACCAGGAAGCAACGAUCUGUUCUUGUUCAUGGUCUGCCUAUAAUCUCAUAAGUGCCUGUGCGGCUUGUCAAGGAAUGCCUGAAAAAAUCAAAACCUGGAGGGAUUAUUCGCUGAAUUGUCCAGAACCAGCUUUAACGCCUGACAGAUACUAUCCGCGCGAUGUGCUGCCGCCAGACGAUGUCACUAUUCCCUACUGGGCGAGUGUGGAUCCUUCUACAUGGCAGGCUCGGAUGUGGAAUGUUCGUGAAGCACGAAGCCUCUACGACCAAGGGCGCGACGAUCUGAACCUGGCACUGGAAAACCAGAAGAAAAGCAAGUCGUCAGCGGGUCCCAUCGCGGGAGGAGUUAUAGGUGGACUCGUGGUUGUCUUCGGAGCAGCAGCCCUCGCCUUCUUCCUCCUCAAGCGCCACCGAAAGAAGAUCGCGCUUGCGAAAGGAAUCGUUCCCCCUGACUUCCAACAGAGUCACUACCGUUCUCCCUCGGAUGCCUCCGCCGUCUCAAUGAGCUACACCAACCUGUCUUCGUCGCCAGGCCCUUAUGCGCCGACAGGACACACGCCCACCGUCCGCACCCACGAGACCAGCGCCUACCCGUUCUCCGUAUUUGGUACCCCAGAUCGUGUGUCAGGCCCCUCAAACACCCCAGCCUCGCCAACCCCUGCGCAUACCCGUCAAACAUCAGCGACAUCCAGGGAAGAUAUCAUCACCCCAUUCAACCUGCACGCCGCUUUGACCCCCAGCCCCCCUCCCGGGGAUAGGAAAAUGCCAUUAGGAAGUGUGCCUCAUUACGAUUCACCCAAUGCCCCACCGGCUCGCGCGGACGACGCCCUAUUCCAGACACCCCCGCGCGGACGCAUCAAUCCUCCGGCGUAUACACCUGAAGAUACGAGCCCAUCCCCACCACCCGUUGCGCAUGCAUCUGGCAGUCGGCGAGUGCAUGGCAAGAGUGGGUCCACCGAUACCCAUCGUACACAGACGACUACUGUCUCCGCGCAACAGCGCUCAUGGGCGGUGGGCCACAGCGCUGCCAACAGCAUUUCUGAUUAUACAACCAGCCCACCGCCCAUAGACGCUCGGUCUGGUGUGCCUGAGGGUACCACCUUCUCUCCGACCACCGAGUCGUCUUAUCCAAGGGAUGUAAAGCGCCGGCCCACUGAUGAUGACUUUAACGGACGAGAUCUUGCUUAA